AUGGAAAAAUUAUUACAUUGGACAAUUGCACAACAAUCCGGGGAUAAAGCAGCUCUUGAGAAAAUUGGAGAGCCUGAUCAAAAGGCACUUAGUCAAUUAUUUGGCGGUCCAGAUGAGGCCACAUUAAUGAAAGAAAGUAUAAAAGUUGUUGAAUCAACCGAUGUUUCUUUGGAAGAUAAAGAAAUUGCCUUGGAAAAUUUCGAAAUGUUGAUUGAAAAUUUGGAUAAUGCAAAUAAUAUCGGGAAUUUGAAAUUAUGGAAUCCAUUGAUUAGUAUUUUGACUAAACAAGAUACCCCAAUUGAAUUGAAAGUACUUAUUUGUGGAAUCAUUGGGACUGCUGUCCAAAACAAUCCAAAGUCCCAAGAAGAUUUUAAUGAAACUGAAGGAUUGAGUGAGUUGAUAAAAUUAGCACAGGAUGAUAAAAAAUUUGAAUUACAACUGAAGGCAUUGUUUGCCAUUUCUUCAUUUGUCAGAAAUUUCCAACCUGGUUAUUCAAAGUUUGAAAAAUUGCAAGGUUUAAAACUCAUUAAUUUUGACAACAAAAACAAUAAAUAUCAAUUAAGAAUUUUAUCAUUAAUAUCAUCGAUUUUGAGCAAUGGGUUAGAUGAAGAUUUGAAGGCACAAUUCAAAAAAGAAAAAUUACCACAUUUUUUGGCCUCGGUGUUGAAUGAGGAUUCGAAUACUAGUUUGGUUGACAAAUCUUUAAACAUUGUCUCCCAAUUAAAUCAAUUAAAAUACGAUUUCAACUUAGAAGAGAAAUAUGAAAUAAAUAGAGGAAUCCAAGUGGUUGAAGGGUUAAGUGAUAAACUCAAUAUCGAUGACCUUAAUAACGCUAAAAAAGCUACAUCCUCUUAG